AUGACUGGCGACAUCUAUGGUGGAGACAGGCUCCACCAAGUCUAUGGUCGAGAUUGUGCGCACAACCCGGCAGCUGCCCCACCACGACGAGGAGAACGGAUCGGCAGCAGCAGUGGCCUCGGUCCGGGAACGGUACGGCGGCGGCGGGAGGAUCUUGGCAUGAGCGGGGACCAGACAGGAGCACUCGAGAGCAGAGGGUCGCCGUAUUCUGUGGGAUCGAUUUCGAACGCCGGCCCCCCGCCGCUGCCGCCGGGAGGGCACCACCAGCCGCAGGGACGCCUCUCCGCACCGCCGCCAAGGCCGGGCCAACACCCUUCGUUCGACGCCAAAGUGGCCUCUGAGUUCCUUCGACUGAGAGAAUCCAGGGGUUCUCCCCGUGACAGCCCCGCUGAAAUGACGAGCGGAGGAAGGUGGGCAGGAGCACCGGCACCGGAAGCGUUCGAGUCGGACGUGGCGAGAGCCAUGCGUGAUCUCGAGGUUCGCCUGGCGGCGGCGGCGGCGGGGGGGGAGGGAGAAGCAGGGAAAAGGGGAGGCGAUGAUGAUGCUGCUGCUGCCGUCGACGGCGGCGGGAACCAGUGGGUGAAUGGCUCACGGCAAUCUUCUUCGUCUUCGUUGCGGCCUCCUCCUCCUGCUCCUCCUCCGCCAGCAGUGUCGGCGCGACCGGAGCAUUCUGACGACCUCUCUGCGGGCGACGAAGGCAUGCUGUCUCAGAUGGAUAUGCACAGGGUGGUCCCGGGCGGAGGCAAAGGAAAACCCGGUGGGCUGAGGGGUAUGUGGAACGACGACGGCGGGGUUGAAAGAGACGCUGCUGGGGAGCGUCGGCGGCAGCCGCAACGAGGAGGAGGCUUAGCAGGCAUGCAGGAUGAGGAGCAGGCUAACGCUCCUCCCGAAACCGGCGUCGCGACGCCUUUCCCUCUUGGCGACGGGCGAAGGCACUCGUCUGUGCAGCAGACGCGAAGGCAAGGACCUGGGCUAAAGGGCAUGUGGGGCGGAGACGACCCCGCUGCUGCUACUCCCGCCUCUUCUCUCCGCCCGCAGCGCCAAGGGCCCGGCCUCCGGGGGCUGUGGUCCGGCCCGGACAUGGCAGCGGCCGACAUGGCAAGGAGCGAAGCCCAGGCGGCGUAUUUCGACGCGUUGACCAGGGAUGUCCAAGAGAAGCGGGCAUUCUCGAACAAUCCAGAGGAGCGGCAGCAGCAGCAGCAGGUACGUCAGUCAGUUUUCGGAAGAAGCUCACCCUACGGCGUGAGCGGCAACAGCGCCAUAGAACACGGAACGAGCCUCGCUGGAAUCGGGACGCCGCGGGGGGGGGUAAACGCCUCCCUCCAGCAGCAGCUGCUGCUGCGCGGCGGGUUGAACGGGCGAGGCGCUGGCGGCGGCGGGGACGACAGCACGGACAGAGCCAUAGACAGGGCGAAGAAGGCGGCGUACGCGGAAGAGCUCCGCAAGCAGAUGGCGGAGAAGGAGGCGCGCAGGGCGGCGAUGGACGAUGACGGCGCGGCGGGUGGCCGUCGUUCGCGAGCUUCCACAGGCGGUCGCGUGGGAGGCGGCGGUGGCGACAAUCGCACGCUUUUCACGCCGCGAUCGGACGGCCGAGAGAACCGUCCCGGCCAUAGCGUGGGAGGGCCUUCCGCGGGGCCGCCCUUGAGAGACGGCUGGCCUUCUGAAGCGUGGUCGACCCCUCCUCCAAGCGGCAGCGGCGGCGGUGGCACCCGCGGUGGUCCGGGGAGCGGCAGUGACGGCCAGCUUUCCGCCGCCCGCCGCCGGCUGGUCGAGGACGUAUACGGCGGUGGUGGAAUGGGUGCCGCCUUGGGUGGCACGGGUUACCGCCGCGCCUCGACGGGCGACUACGGUGCCGGUAGCGGCGGCGCCCGCCCCCAAAGCGCGACGGGGCCAAGUGUCGUGGGUGGAGAGCGUCUCGGUGACGCUAGAGCAGCCGGCGGGGUGGAAGGGGCGGCAGUGACGGCGGGCGGGGGUCCGUCGUACCUGCGAACGGGGGCGGGCGUGCAGAGCCUCCGUGAGUCCGAGCACGGCGACAGCAAGUGGCAAAGGAGGGCGGCGGCCCUGGAGCAGCAGCGAGCGCUGGAGGCGCAAAUCGCCGCAAAGGCCAGCGCUAGGAAGCAGGAGGAGGAGGAGAGGAAGCGGGAAGAGGAGGAAGAAGCAAGGCUCUCUCUGCGGGUGUCAACAUUUAGAAAGGAGUGCAACAAGAUGUGGGGCACUGGCCGGGUGUUGAACCUUCUCGCCGGCGAUGGUACCGAUUUUAUGCCCAUGCAGGUAGAGGCCGAGGCCGACGAGGAAAGGCGGCGGAAACAGCUGGAGCAGCAGCAGCAGCUGCAGGGCUUGUACCGACAGCAGGAAGAAGCCUUGAGGAAGAAACGCGUUGGUAGCGGUGGUCGCCGCCAAUCGCACAAAGACGACGGGGAAGACGCCGCCUUCUCCCGCGCCCCUGCGCACGGCGGCAGCACGCCCGUCGCGAACGAUAGCAGCAGCGUAGGCGUAGCGGCAGGGUACUUCCCACCGAGUGAUGGGGGCGGCCGCGGCGAUAGCGACGUUCGACAAGGCGAGCUACAGCACAGGCAAGCAAUCGACGGCGCGUUCCCCUCGGGCCGUAGGGGGGGCAAUGCCAUUGGCGGCAGCGGCGGCGGCCGCCAGGCUCAACAUCGAAGCAACAUCCCGGACGUUGACGAUCUCCCGGCGGGGGCGCACGCACGCGCGCAAGUCCUGCGGAGUAGCCCCCCCAAUCGCACCCCCGCUGACACCUCCACGCCUAGCCCUUCCUCGUGGAGACCGGUGUCGGCAAGGAGCGCCGUUGGCGGCGGCUUGGUGUCCAAGGAACGGCGCGGAGGUCGUUCGCCUGCUGCUGCCGCUCCCGAUGACUUUGACGAAGGCACCGGUCGCGGGGGAGACGCCCCGGCGGCGGAAGAGAGCUUUCCCGUCCGCCGUAGGACAACACCAGCACCGGCGCUUGGAGACAACCGCGACGACGGCGCACGCGGAUCUCCACUGCGAGCGCGCUCCAUUCUCCUCCCGCUGUCCAGCCCGACGCUGUUCCCUCCAUUCCCCGGUGACACCGACGCCGACAUCGUGCGGGGGCCGCCGGCCGACAGUCCGGGACUGGCGCAGGAGUGUUUUGCCGGAGGCCGGGGGGCGGCCCACCGGGAUCGUGUGUCUCCCGCCGCGGAAGCUGCCGGGGCGGCGGGUGGGGUGCACCCCCCGCAAGACGAAAUGGACGCGUUCGUGACGAGGUGGCAAGUCGAGCACCUCCGUCGGCGGAGCCACCAAGAGGAGGAGGUACAGCAGCAGUGGGGCGGAGGAGGAGGAGGAGGAGGAGGAGGAGCAAGAGGAGGAGGAGGAGGAGGAGGAAGGAAGGCCGACGGUAACGAUUACUGCUUGCCCUCCUCCUCCUCUUUCUCCUCGCCGGGGGGGAGGGCCGUCUGCCUGUCGCCGUCACGCGGCGCCCUUCCGGCAAGAAGUUCGCGCGCGGUCGGCGUCGUCAGAGGCCGUGGCUUCGCCGCCGUCCCCGGGGGAGACGCCGGGGAGCUGGAGGAGUCAUUGGCGGCUACCUCGCGGAUGGUCAACCCCCCGUCUCUUCCCCGGCCGCCUACUGGUGCCCACGACGACGGCGAGGGAGACGGCGGCAGAAGCGGAACGCGAUCGCGGCGACAACGUCCCGCGGGGCCUCCGAGCGGGGUGGAGGACGACGCGGCGGAUCUCAGCGAGCAGUCGCUGACUUCGGACAGCAUCUUGUUCUACCUCUCCGGUCAGCAGCAGGAGUCGAUGGCGGCCUCCCCGCUGAUGGUGGCCGAGGAGGCAACGGGGCGGGAAUACGCCAAGAGCGCUCGAACGCUUGAGAACCUUGGUUCGGGAAUCGCCACCAAUAGGUUAGGGAAGGAGUCGUCCGAGGUGGACGGGCGCGACUACCCGUGGGAGAGCAGGAGCAGUGCGGCAGGUGCCGCGAGUCCAUCGACAUUGACGUCGCCUAGGACGGGGGCCUCGGCCCGAGCUGACGGAGGCGGAGGCGGAGGCGGCGGCGGCGGUGGUGACGGGGGUCAGAUGUCUCCGUUAACACGCCUGCUGGCAGAGACGCCCGUCCGGCUGCAAGCUGCUUCGGGCGUAAGCGCUGCUUCGGGUGCACACGCUGCUUUGGGCGUACACGCUCCGGGCGACUUUCGUGUAGGGCGCGGGGUGGACUCAUCAGGCAAGAAACAGCAUUCGCUUCAGCCGUUUUUUUUUGCUGAACCUCUCAACGGCUUGUUUGGUGAUGUCCGCGGCCACCCGUGCUUGUCCGUCGAGUUCUCGGCACGAUCGCCCUUCAGGUCCGAUCCUCAAGCGUACCGACCCGCGACGGGCGGGGACAACACCAACGGCGGCCGGACGAAACAGCAAGAGGCAGACUCUCUGUGCGGCGAAGCCUCGUGGCCCAGCCGUGCGGCCGGCGGCAACGACGGCGGCGGCGCCGGCGCUGCCGGGGUGGGGAGGCGAGCGCGGGCUCUCUGGGGGCGUCCAGUCUCCGGGGGCACCGCCGGUUCCGGGGGCUGCGCAGAAAGGGCAGAAGGCGUAGAAACCGUUGCCGAGGCUCUGUCGCGGAGGGGGAUCGGGAGGCCCUGGGAAGAGCUGUCGUUAUCGGAGGCGAGGGCGGCGAGUCCGUUGCAUUCAUAGACAGACGUAAGCGGCAAGCGCGCGAACGGGGGCGGGUACUCAUGUUUUGCAAGGCGCGCGUGCGGAGGGGCGAGGGGUAUACAUGCCGGUCGGGAACUGCUAUGUCGAAGUAUGCUUAUUUUGGGCUCUCUUGUGCUUCCUGGAAAGCACGAGGGCAGCGAGCGAUGCUAAUUAGCGUUCCUUUUUUUUUAUUGCUGAUGCCAUUUUGGAACCGUAGAGCACGUGGCGGCUCCUAGUUGGCUGUUUUUGUAUCCCUGGAUAUCUUCGGUCGUCCCUGUCCACCUUUUUACUGUGGUAGCGCUGAUGCAUUCAAGGGACGGGAUGAUGUACGAGGGUAGAAAAUAGAUCGGCGAAGUUUUUCGUAGUUGCGACGGCAUUCGCGCGAUGCUCCAGCGGUCCUCACGCCGCCUGUCUCGCAGCUGGGUGUAAGCCUGUACCUGAUGUGUGAUCAAGCUUUCUUUCCUGCUGCUUGCAUUUGUGUUCAGUCACCCGCCACGGAAUAGUUGGUAAUUGUGUACUUGCGUGCCCGUUUGUUCCAAGAGAAGUGUGUGUUUUUGGUUCACGUUCCACCUUUCUUCGAGAGGCCAUCAAUAUCAAUGUUGCCGGGCAAGUGUCGAAAAUAUAUGAAUAGUCCGUUGUCUCGCGACCAAAAAAAGCGGUCGUGUUUCUGGUGUCAGCCUCCACUCUCAGCUCGCGGAGGCGGGUUAUCUCGCCCUCGCCGAAUAAUAUGUUUUUUUUUUUUUUCUAAAAAUGUGUUUUUUUUCUUUUUGUAUCCUCGUUCCUGUAGUAUCAAUCGGGGCUGGCGGACUUCGCUCUUCAGUUGUGUCGUCGGGGAUCGAUGUGCAUGGACAGAGGAAGGAGCACGUGUGGACGGAGAGAGUUACCUCACGGACCUCCGCCGGGGGCGUCACUGAGACUCUUGUAAAACGGAAUCGUUUUUGUGUACAGAUUGGGUGAGCGUUGGAUCGAUUGAUGAUGUGCAUGGAGAGAGACGAAGGAGCGACACGUCAUGAUCGCGGUGUUGGGUGGACGGUGAGGGAGCUUUGCCCUGCCGAGCCUCACCAUGAGACUCGGCAACUCUUGAAGGAACGAGAUCAUUUUUGUGUAGAUUGGGUGCUGAACUCGAAUCGGUGAUGAGAAGCUCUCGAUAGUUCGACAGCAAGCACACUGACUGGUCGAAUGUUGGGGAGAUAGAUUGUGAACGGUGUGCCACUUGUUGUAUGGGGUGGCUACAUGGUGUGCCCUGGGCGCAACUCAGCUACUGUAGCAAAAAGUAGGAAAUGGCCCUUUCCAGUACUCUUGAGAGGAAGGAUUGUUUUGAAAUGAUUACUACUGUCGCAGAGCUAAGGUUGGUAGCAGUUGAUGGUAAGCUUGACGUGAUUCUCUUUGUUCUCCCUCUCUCCCCUUGACGGGAGAUUGCACACCGUGGAGUUGGCGAGUUACCUGAUACCAUGUGCU